ACCAUGCCAUGCCACACUUGCCACCCUCCGCUCAUUCAGCGUGGAAUUCUUUGCGAAGACCGCAUAUGUCUCUUGACAGGUAAUCGCCACGCAGCCACUGGCCCGUUGACUCGCGUUGAGGCAGCCUUCACUAGAGCUUGCUUUUUCCUCGAUUGGCUGAUCUGCUCCCGCGAUCAAUCGCUUUCCCCCUCCAACAGAGCAGCGAGGCGAGGCAACCACCAACUCGGUGAGAAGAAGUGUGGGUGACACAGCGCGACAUAGCCUGGCUCAAGAAAUCUCACAGCCGGGCGCACCUUUCCAAUUCUUUCCUUCUCUUAAAUUUUUUUGUCGCCUACUUGGAUUUCGUUCCUGAUCGUCCCUGAAAGUUGAGUUGCGAUCGACGAGGUAUGGCGAGAACGAGGGGAAGCGGGCAGCCUGCCGCCGAGCGUGGAGAAAGGUCGUUGGAUGCUGCGAUGAGAGCGCCUAGCACCACUACACCAGAAGUCGUUGUGCUGGAUUAUGUGGAAGAGGAGGUGAAGGUGAAGGAAGUUGCAGAUCCACGACGGGAUCUCUAUCUUUCUACCGUCGAUGGUCGCUAUUCUUCUCCCAUCAUCCCCGUCCGAGUCGGACCCCACGCCGAGACUUUCCCAGUACAUAAGGAUAUCCUUACGAAGUCAGAAUACUUCAGGAAGGCUCUAGAUGGCGAAUUCCGGGAAGCUGGGGAUCAGGCGAUUGAUCUGCCAGAAGAAGACCCAGAUAUCUUUAGCUUUGUGGUUGCAUUCCUAUACGAGGAGAAGUUCGUGCCCAUAAAGCCAAUGGCGAUGGCAUUGGUUACUGAGCCAGAUAAAGGGAAAGGGAGGGAGGCCGACGAUACCAAUUCGGGCAGUGAAGAUGGAACCGACAGUGGGGGAAGCGCAAGCGAUGAAAGCACUAGAAGUCGAAGAAGAGCACAAGCUCGGCGAAGGAGACAAGAGCGAGCUUGGGUUCAAAGCCAGUUGAAAGCACCUGGCAGACACCGGCCGGAUUGCACGUGCGCUUCCUGCACAUCUGAGAAUAUUAGCCCGGCAUGCUGGAGCUGCGGUGCAGCGCGAAGACCAAUGCCUCCUCGGCCACGUGGAUACCCUCCCCCGGGUGCUCAGCCAGUGAUCAUUCGUAAUGGAUACCCGCAUCCCCAGGGUCCACGGAACCGAGAUCGAGAGCGCGAACGAAGACGGAAUUCACGUAAUAAUGUUGUUAUGGUUGAAGAACCAAUUCUUGAGGAGAGAAUGUCCCAGGAAGACUUGCACACUUGGUCCUUGGCCUACACCUUAAGCAUUGACGUCUACGUAUGUGCAGACCGGUAUUUGAUGCAGGACUUCAAGAGUUUCGAGGUUGCUGGAUUAUAUGCAUCCAUACCAGCCGUUCUCAAGUCCUGCAAAACACUGCAACAAGGAGUCAGCCCUAUGGAUCCUCUUCUGAAGAAGGUGUUCGCAAGAGUAGGGUUCUUGCAAGCACGCAUGUGGAAAAAUUACCAAGAAGAAACGCAAAGCUUCUUUGCAGAGAAUCCCGACUUGGCCUUCUUGAUUAUGAAAGAGAUGGUUGAGAGAAGGGAGCUGGAUAUCGAAGACGAUUUGCCUGCGAUGGAACGUCCACCACCUCUAUUUCCACUUGGACCGGAGGAGAUAUUUGUCCAUCCAGGUCCGAGACCUCGUCCUCGUCGAGAUCCUUACUAUUAAGUCAGUAUUCUUGACAGAACGAGCUGCCUCUCAAGACCAAAAAGUCGAGCAAGUGUGUCUCAGAUUGGGGAAGAAUCAGCGAGCUCUCGGCAUAAUUUUUGAGACUGCGCCGCGAAACUGUACACCACAACUUCCUUUCGUUACAUACACUUCAUCUGUCUAUUUGAAUUGCAGUGUUUUGGAUCAGCAAGCAAUUUUUGUCAGUCUGCAUAGCCAGCAACGGUCGUAUGGAGCGCGUUGACUUUUAUUGAGUUUCGG